AUGACUGUUGAAGACCGCCUUCGUGGCAUCAUCAGACCAUUCCAGCUCAUCUGGUUAUCUAUCCAAUUGCAUUUCAGCGCUUUUAAAGACGCUUUACGCAAAGAUGGUCUUGCCUCACUCACACAUCCUCGUGAAACUCGAGAUGCUGCUAUAGCGGAACUCUUUGUCACACAUUCCAAUGGCUUUAUAGCUUAUGAAAAUACCACCGUUGUCCCCUCCCUUGUCCGCUCCGCUCAAGGCAGGAUUCUCGAACUCGGCCCCGGACCAGGCAACCAAAUUCAACGCUUCGAUCCAUCCUUUGUAGACUUCAUCUACGCCGUUGAUCCUAAUCCCUACUACAGAGACGCAAUUGCCGCAAAGCUCAAGAAGCUUGAUCUACAAGAUAGAUACAAGCUUUUGGCGUGUGGCGUUGAGGACAGUGACAUUCUGGCGAUGGAAGGAAUUACGGAUGGAAGUAUGGAUACUGUGCUAAGUAUUCAGGUAUUGUGCUCAGUGAGAGAUUUGAAAAGUGUGAUGAGGGCGGUGUGGAAGUUGUUGAAACCCGGAGGGAGCUUUAUAUUCUGGGAGCACGAAAAGAACAAGGAUACUGCUACGGCUAUCACGCAAGCUUGCUUGAAUCCUGCUUGGAGCGCACUCGUUGGGUGCUGCUUGAAUCGGAAUAUCAAGACAAAUAUUCUUGCUGCUGGGGAGUGGGAGAACCCGGGUGAUAUUGAGGUGGCCGAUGACCCCUAUAGUUGCUUGCCAAGGAUUUGGGGUGUGCUGAAGAAGAAAGCUUGA